GGUCACACUGAGCCGGUCCUCAGCUUCGCCUGGAAAAAAUUGAUCAGCUGAAAAAAACGUUUCUAGAAAAUCUAAAUAAAACGUCAAAGACAAUUUGCAAAAGUAAUAACUAAAAAAUCAAUUUAUUAAAAAUAAUACGUGCAUUUAUUAAAUAAGUUAAAGAAAAAUAACAACGUGCUUACAUAUUUUUUGAGAACCAACUAGAACAAAUCAAGAACAACAACACAACGUUUAAUCGCAUUUCUACGGCUACGUGUUCCUUAACUAAUAACUAAUAAUAAAUCUUAUAGUGCAACAAGUGAAUUUAAAAUUAUAGUAAAGUGCAAAACAUAGAGAGAGAGAGAGAGAGAUCGAUAGAGUGCGUGAGUGAAAAAGAGACGAGUGCGUGAGUGAUUUGUGAUAAGCUAUGUCCGCUUCCACACGUAAUAAACACUCCAAGCAUGGCAAUACGAAGCUCGACAUAGACAAGGACGAGUUCGAGCGCAUUCGCAAAGCUCUCGACAACGAAGAGUUCCGUAAAUUGUUCUUCGAUUACGUCGACGAAAUACAAGAUCCGGAGAAUCGCAAGCUCUACGAACAGGAGAUUGCACAGCUGGAGAAGGAGCGUGGCGUUGACAUCACGUUCAUACACCCAAAGCCGGGCUUUGUCGUUAAAACGGUCAUCGAUGGCGAAAUCAAGUGUUUCAUCAACAUUGCCUCCUCAGUGGAGGUGGCCAGACCCAACAACGAGAUGAUGGUUAACCCGGACACCGGGGAACGUGGUCUCAGCUGGUCCAUUCCCAUGGCACAAGCGCCGCCGCAUGAUGAUGUGGAUGCCAAGCAGAAGUUGUGCAAGGUUUACGAUGUGGUCUUUCAUCCGGAUGCACUGCAUCUGGGCAAACGCAAUGCAAAGUUUCGCCAAUGCCUCUUGGACACCGCCCUGGAUGGCGUGGAGCGGGAGUAUAAUGUGAAACUGGAUCGGGCGAAUCUCAAGUUCCCCAAGCUCGACUACAAGGGCAUCGCACGUCCCACUGUGAUACGCAAGCUGGCCAAGAAUGCCAGCGAAGAGGAUCGCGAACCGCAUCCCCUGGAGCAUAUGUACCCCAAGAAGCCAGACACUGAGAAUCCAUUGCCCAAAGUGCUGCCCAUGAAGACCAAGAUCACCGCACCACCCAAAUUCACGGUGCCCAAGUAUAGCAUCAAGCAAAGCCACGCUGUCGAUCUGUCCGAGUACACGGAUGAACUGGACGCCAAGCUGCAGGCCACUGUGCCCAGUUCCCUAGUUGUCGAGAUCGAACUGCCGCUACUCAACUCCACGGCAGACUGCCAGCUGGAUGUGACAGAGAAGUCAGUCUACUUGCUGAGCGAGCGUCAUGGUGCCAAGUAUCGCCUAAAGCUGGAUCUACCCUACAAGGUGGAUGACAAAGCUGGUAAUGCACGCUUCGACACCGAGCAGCGACGUCUGUGCAUCACGUUGCCUGUGGUGCGUUGCACCGCCCGGCAACAGCGGCAAAUGCAUGACUCUGUGCGUCUGCUGAGUCGUGAGGACAGUGGCGUGGAGCUGAGCUCCCACAGCGAGCACAGCGAGUCGCCCGCCGAGGAGGAGGAGACAGAAGUCGAAGGCGAAGGCGCAGCUGAGACCAGCGAUGCCAUCGUGGAACAAUCCCCAGCUACCAAUGCAUUCCCACCCACUGCCGAAGUGUCGCCCCGCUCGUUCCUACAACAUCAUCUACAUUACCAGCUGCCCGCCAAGUUCGAUUGCAAUGUGCUGGACAAUGUGAUGGCCUUUGUGCUGCACGUGCCCAACGUACAACCAGAUUCCAUACAGACGCUGCAGCUGCCACGCAGUCUGCAUCUGCAGUUCGCCUCUAUGGGCAGCGGCUAUUAUCCCACACAUUAUGCUCUGUUCGUGCAGCUCAGCGAGGAGGUUGAUCCUCAAUUGGUCAUCGAUCAUGUCGAGGCCGAUGCCUCUGAUGAGAAUGUGGUGUUGAGGCUGUAUAUGAGCGCUGGUUGCGAGACUAUGCCAAGCUAUCUGGCUGGAUCCGAUAGCAAUGAUCUCAAAGAGUAUGCGUUGGGCCAUCACAAGGACAGCGACGACGAAGAGUUGGAAUGCAAGCAGUCGCUGCAGGUGAGCAUGGAUCACAAUGAGCUUGAGCAGGCUGUGGAGGUGACCAUUGCACCGCCAGACAGCAUGGACGGCAAGGAAAAGGGUGCUGGUGGUGAGCCACAUCCCCAAGCGGAGGUGGAGGAGGAGCACGAGCAACUGCAUCAGCACAAGAAGCCUAACAAGAAGCAGCGUAAGCGCAACAAGCGUUCGCUGUCCGAGUCCGCUUGCGAGGACCUUAAGGCUGAGGAGCAACAUCACGCCCAACAGCAGAAGCAGCAAUCGGAGCGGCAGCAAAUGAAGCACUCGACUCCGGAGCAAGUGGCAACGCAGCCGAUGGCAACGUUGAAGCUGCCGCAGCGCAAGCAACGCAGCUUCUCCGAGUGCAAUGACAGCAGCGGCAGCAGCAGCGUGCAUCAUCGCGGCAUCCUCAAGCGAUUCAGUCGCUAUGGACCACGUCCCUCUAUGUCGGACAGCUGCUCGUCCAUUGAUGACUACUCCUCAUCGUAUUCGUGCUCGGUGGACGCAGCGGGCGCUGGUUUCUCUCAAUCAUUUGGCGGCAUACCCGAGGAACGUGUCGGGGGAGAUGACGCAGGUCUUUCGGAGAGCUGCAAGAAGACUGUUAGAUUUAAUGAUCACAUCAUGAAGCAAGUGUUUAGACUCGAUUCGAGCAUUCUGGGGCAACGGAAGAAGAAUCAAAAGCGUCGCGAUUGCAAAUUGCGGGCACAGCAGCGUCGCCUCAGCGAGGGCGAUUCAGCGGAUUACGAAGACAGCGUCGUCACUGGCCAGCAGCAGCAGCAAUCCGUUCACAAGACUGCUGGCAACGCACAGUAUUUCAAGCAGCAGAAUCAUCGUCAUGGCAAGGAUAACAAGAAGCAUGCCUUCCAUGACAGCGGCCUCGACUUGACUGGCGGAGGUUCCUCAACUAAGUGCAACAAGAAUUACAACGAAGAGGAGAACAAACGAAACGAGGCAGACGCUAAGAACGCAAUGAUGUUUGAAAUGGACGAAGACGAUGAUGAUGAUGAGAUGUAAGAACUCAACUACAAAGUAACAAAAAUGAAAGUUUUGGAGGCAAGUUUUCAAUUUUUUGAAACCACUUUUUAUUGUACUAAUGGCUUUUUUGAGAGUUUCAUAUUGUUUUUUCUCUUUUUUUUGAAUAAAUGUUAAGACACUCGCUCAAUUUAAAAAUAACCAUAUACAAUUGCAAAUUGUUUAGGUGCAAUCAGGGCAAAAACCACAAAAAAAAAAGAAUCAAAAGAUCAAAAAUUGAAAGAAAACAAAAGAA